GUGCGCUCUCAUAUCACUCAUCGAUGGACGCCUCAUCGCCUGCGGACGUGUCGUCCGCUGCACCUGAUCCAACCGCACAUCCCGAUGGCCCGACAGACGUGGCAAUCCGCAAGAUUUCGGUCGAAGAGACAUUGCCCCUCCGCCACGCUGUGCUCUGGCCAAACCUUCCCAUUUCGGCAACGCGACUUCCAGACGACGACAUUGGCUCGCACUUCGGCGUCUUCUCGUCCUCCUCGACCACGCCCAUCGCCGUCAUCUCUAUCUUCAACGAGCCGCUGCCCAUCGAUAAGCCCCAAGGCAGCAAGGCUGUGCGCUUCCGCAAAUUCGCUUGCCACCAGGACCACCAGGGGCGGGGCAUCGGGACCGCGCUCCUUCGCCACGUAUUCUGGGUGGCAGCUGCCGAGAUGGGCGCGCACGCGGUAUGGUGCGAUGCACGGACAAGCAGUCUGACAUGGUAUCAGAAGCGUGGGAUGCACCCAUUUGGCGAACGUUUCUAUAAGGGUCCGGUGGAGUACGUACGGAUGAGCAUCACGGCCGACGACGCGUUAGAGGAAUACAGACGCGCGGGAGGCAGCUCAUCAACGAAAACACCAUCAUUCUAGGGAAGGUUGCGAAGAGUCUCACGAUCGUGAGGCAAACUGCCGUUAGCCUGUGGGCAUGGAUUUCAGAAUUAAAGGCGGACGUCAUCUUUCAGAGCCUGCCAUUGACGAUGUCAUACGCUUGCCGGACGCAGGAAGAAGUAGCUGGAUUUAUGCGGCAUCUUCUGGAGUAGUACGGACGCAGCCAGCAGGCCCGAGGGCUGAACACGACACGAGGACGUAUCAUGGAAUUAUUAAAGCC